AUGUACCGCCAUAUUGCCGUUGUGCUACUCACUGUGGCCAUUGCUACACAAGCUUCCUCUCAGAUGUAUGAAGGGAAUGGCGACAAUGGUUAUGUAGAUAACGGUAUGGGCUAUGAGAAAAAAGAUGGAAACGGCAUCGAUAAUGGUAUGGGCUACGAGGGAACUGGUGGAAACGGCGAAACCGGUUAUAAUGGAAACGAUGGAACCGGUUAUGAGGGUGGGAAUGGCUACGAAGGUGGAAAUGGCGGUAAUGGCUAUGAUGGUGGAAAUGGUGGAAACGGUUAUGAAGGUGGAAACGGUGGAAAUGGUUAUGAAGGUGGAAAUGGCUAUGAGGGUGGAAAUGGUUAUGAAGGUGGAAAUGGCUAUGAGGGUGGAAAUGUUGGAAAUGGCUAUGAAGGUGGAAAUGGUUAUGAGGGUGGAAACGGAUACGAAGGUGGUAAUGGUGGAAACGGCAACAAAGGUGGAAAUGGCGAAAAUGGUGGAAAUGGUUACGGAGAAAAUGGAGGGAAUGGAUACGGAGAAAAUGGAGGAAACAAAGAAUAUAGACUCGACUCUUAUACCGAUACCGACGGAUACAAUGGAGGAAAAGGUGGUGAUUACAGUGUUGGUAAAUCCUAUUCCAAAGGCUACAAAUCCGGUGGUUAUGCUGUCAAGUACAAAUUUGGUGGAAAGGUUCGCAAGGGUAAAGGAGGACGAUUUUAUAGAAAAGGAGGAAAAGGUAUGGGAUAUCGAGGCAGAAAAUAUGGAAAAGGAAAGGGUAAAGGUGGAAAGGGACAUUAUGGAAAAUAUGGAAAGGGACAUUAUGGAAAAUAUGGAAAGGGGAACCGUGGAAAAUACGGAAAAGGCGGUAAGCGAGGACACGGAGGAUAUGGGGGGAAAGGCAAAUAUUCCAAGCCAGUUUACAGAAAAUAUGGCGGUAAAAAGUGGUAA